UUUGUCUUUAUUGGGUGGUUUGUCUUUUUCUGGGUGGUUUGUCUUUUUCUGGGUGGUUUGUCUUCUUCUGGGCGGUUUGUCUUUUUCGUCUGUUUCGUCUAUUUCGGGUGUUUCGUCUUAUUAGUCUCUUUUAUCUUGUCUUUUGGGUAGUUUCUCUUUUUGGUAUUGUCUUGUCUUCUUUGCAUUAUUUGUCUGUUUCGUAUGUUUUGUCUUGUCUUGUCUUAUUUGUCUGUUUUGUCUUGCUUCUCUGUUUUGUCUUGCUUGUCUUUGUCUUAUUUGUCUGUUUUGUCUUGCUUCUCUGUUGUGUCUUGCUUGUCUGUUUCGUCUGUUUCGUCUGUUUUGCGUGUUUCGUCUUAUUUGUCUGUUUUGUCUUGUUUUGUCUUAUUCGACUGUUUUUUUCUGUUUCGCCUUCUUUGUCUUCUUUGUCUUCUUUGUCUUCUCUAUCUUCUCUGUAUUAAAGUCUCUUUUAUCUUGUCUUUUGGGUGUUUUCUCUUUUUGGACUUUCAGGUAGUUUGUCUUGUUUGUCUUGUUUGUUUUGUUUGUCCUCUUUGCCUUCUUGGCCUUAUUUGUUUGUUUUGUCUGUUUCUCUUGUCUUUCGGGUAGUUUGUCUUUCGGGUAGUUUGUCUUUUGGGUAGUUUGUCUUUUUUGUCUUGUCUUGCUUGUCUUGCGUCUUGUUUUCUGUUUUGCCUUGUUUUUCUUGUUUGAGACUUUACAAAUCCGAAUAAGCAAAGUUGUAGAAAUAUCAAGAAAAGCUUUCUUUUCACUUCUUCUUUAUCUUCUUCUUCGCCUUUUCUC